UAAUUCCUGUACACACAAUCACAAACGCCUUUAUUUACCUACCUUCGAUAAUCAUCAAUCGAUGCACAGUAGCGAGUGACGAGAAGACGAAUUUUCUUUUUGAAAAAGGUCAUUGAGAGAAGACAGAGGAGAUCUGUCUCAUUUUCGAGUCAGGAAUGGGUCUCUGGGAAGCUUUUCUCAAUUGGCUUAGAAGCCUUUUCUUCAAGCAAGAAAUGGAGCUUUCUUUGAUUGGUCUUCAAAAUGCUGGGAAAACCUCACUUGUAAAUGUUGUCGCUACCGGUGGAUAUAGUGAAGACAUGAUUCCUACGGUAGGAUUUAAUAUGCGGAAGGUCACCAAAGGGAAUGUCACAAUAAAGUUGUGGGAUCUUGGAGGUCAACCCAGAUUCCGGAGCAUGUGGGAACGUUAUUGUCGUGCAGUUUCUGCAAUUGUUUACGUUGUUGACGCUGCUGAUCAUGACAACGUCAGCAUCUCAAAAAGUGAACUCCAUGAUCUGCUGAGCAAACCAUCACUCAGUGGUAUUCCUUUACUGGUAUUAGGAAACAAGAUCGACAAGCCUCAAGCUCUAUCUAAGCAGGCUUUGACUGAUCAAAUGGAUUUAAAAUCUAUCAGUGAUAGAGAGGUCUGCUGCUUUAUGAUCUCGUGCAAGAACUCGACAAACAUCGACCAGGUCAUUGACUGGCUAGUAAAGCAUUCAAAAUCGAAGAGUUAAGGAUAAGUCUAUGGACUCAUAACAUGUUUCAAAAAAAGCACUUAAGAGACAAUUUUCCAGCUGGUUGAUGAUGUCAUUAUGGCUGAUUUAUUUUGUGCUUCGCUCAAAAAGUUGGUUGUGUAUUGUAAAUUAACUUAUAUCUGUUUAAGGUUUAACGACAAUUGACUUUUGCGUGUUGGUUUGUUAAUAGUAUCCUUUUUUCCAUUCUAA